AUGGACACAAAGAUGGGAGUAGAAGACCCAAACGCCAGCGGAGACGAGAUGGAUGGAGAUAAACAUAUGAAACUGCCAGGAGUGGAAGACGGAGAUGCAGAGUUGGUUGUGUGUCCGUCAGAUUCUACGACAUCUCCUGAAAUUCUGCAAGAAGAACCCAGAAAGUGGAAGUUUGCCGUCAUCUAUUUGUGUGUCUAUGGAUUUAUGUCAUCCAUUAGACCGGGGGAGGCUUUUAUUACACCAUAUCUGCUGAGCGUGGAGAAGAACUUCACCCGGGAGGAGGUGACUAACGAGAUCAUGCCCGUGCUGACCUACUCCUACAUGGUGGUGCUGGUGCCGGCCUUCCUGCUGACGGACUUCCUGCGCUACAAGCCGGUUCUGAUCAUCCAGGGUCUGAGCCAGGUGGUCAUCUGGCUGCUGCUCCUCAUGGGCACCUCCCUGCUCCAGAUGCAGCUGAUGGAGUUCUUCUACGGCAUCACCAUGGCCUGCCGCGUGGCCUACUCCUCCUACAUCUUCUCCCUGGUCACCCCCGGGUUGUACCAGCGUGUGGCCAGCUACUCUCGCUCCUCCGUGCUUCUCGGCGUCUUCACCAGCUCAAUUUUAGGACAGCUUUGUUUGUCGCUGGGAAACAUCACAUUCUACACCCUGAGCUCCAUUUCUUUAGGGUUCGUGAGCUUGGGGUUGCUGCUCGCCAUUUGCCUCCCGUGGCCCAAGCGCUCGCUGUUUUUCAACCGCAGUCAGGAAAAGGCAGAAAAAGUAGAAAUGGACAAAAUGAAUCCGCAGAAACCUCCCGCCUCGAAGUGGAAAGAGUCGGUGCUGGUGCAGAUGUUGCUGGAGCUUAAACACGUGGCCAAGAUGCCGAAUUUGAGACUGUGGUCGCUUUGGUGGAUCUUCAACUCCACCGGGUACUACCUGGUCCUCUUCUACGUUCACAUUCUGUGGAAUAAGGUUUAUCCGGCAACAGAGAACAAGAAAGUGUACAACGGGGGAGUGGAGGCUGCGUCUACUUUAUUAAGUGCCUUGACUGCUUUCUGCGCGGGCUACGCUAAAAUCCGAUGGAAGGUUUGGGCGGAGCUGGUGAUCGCCGCCAUCACCGCGCUCCAGGCCGGGCUGCUGCUGCUCAUGGGGACCACAGACAACAUCUGGGUGUGCUACGCCGCCUACGUGCUUUUCAGGGGCUUCUACCAGUUCUUGGUUCCCAUAGCAACAUUUCAGAUCGCCUCGUCUCUCACCAAGGAACUGUGCGCACUGGUGUUUGGGCUCAACACUUUCCUCGGAACAAUCUUGAAAAGCAUCAUCAACAUCAUAUUCUCGGACAGGAGAGGGCUGGGGCUGGACGUGCACUCGCAGUUCCUCGUCUACUUCAUCUACUUCACCAUUCUCACAGUGGUCUACUUUGUUUGUGCUGCUGUGGUCCUAAUCCGACACUUUCGUAACCGGCCCGACAGAGGAGGGACCACGGACACCCCCACGGAGCUGAGCCCAGUGGCAGCCUCAGCCUCAGAGACCGAGCCCCUGUCAAAUGGGAAAAGUGUCAUGUCCUAA